AUGGGUGAUGAAAAAGCACGUCUUGGUCUUUCUUUUAUGUAUAAUCCACCAGUAGGUAUGGCUAAACAAGAAGAACAACAACUUCAAGAUCAAGAACUUCGACGUGCUGAUGGAACAUUAAUUAUUAAAAAAGAUGAACCGAAAUUUGAAUGGCAAAGAAUAUAUAAUGCACCAAGAGAAGCAUGGGCAAAAAAUGAUGAAAAAAUUCGAGAUCAACCUUUUGGUAUUGAAGUCAGAAAUGUACGUUGUAUAAAAUGUAAAAAAUGGGGUCAUGUAAAUACCGAUAAAAUUUGUCCAUUAUAUGGAAAAUCUCGUUUUGAUAAUGAUUCAAAUCAUCCAAUAAGUCAAUUAACUUUAACACAAAAUAUGCCAACAACGAAUGAAUUAAUUGAAGAUUUACAUAAUAAAGGUUUAGCUAUGAGACGUGGUGGAGCAGAACAUAUGAUAGCUCAUAGUGAUAUUAAUAAUGAUGAUAUGACAAAUCGAGGAAAACAAGAUGAAUUAAAAACGGAAUUAAAAUUUUUAAAACAAUUACCAACACAAAUGAAACAUCGUCUUAUUAAACGUUUAAAACAUUUAGAAAAACGCGGAGCAAUUAAAGUUUAA